GCAUGGUGGUUACUGGCUUUGUCCCAUCAAACCCACAGUAAUGAUCCUACUGCAAAUUAAGAAUUUAAUUACACUCACCCUUUCCAAUCGAGUAGAAUUUGGAAAAGUCAUAGCAUAUGAUUUAUAAAUUAUUGCUUCCAUUGUAUAACAUUUCCUUUAAUUUGUUACCUGUAUAUUUAUUUAAUUCUUUACAAUAAUACAAUGUAUAAUAAAGGCAAGAUUAUAAAAUUAGGAUAUGUGAGCUGUCUGUGAUUGCAUUGUUUUCCAUGCAUAAUUUGGCACUGCACCCAAAGUCUUAGGUACACUACAUUUUUAUAUUAGUUUUGCCUAAUGCAAAGUGUUCAUUAGAAAAAAUGAAUUUAACAGAGGCUAAAAAAAAUGACAUUUUCCACUUUUUUGGGGGAGUGCCCGUGUUCAGAAUUGAAUAUAUUAGUGAUGUUACACUCCACAGUUAAUGACUGAUAUGAAUGUAGACCCUCAGGGCUUUAAGAAUUUGCAGUUUUUCAUGUGUUUCUUUUUUUUUUACCUUGCCUACUAGGUUUAAAUGUUAUAAUUUUAUUAUGGCGGUUGUAUACAGUGUUUUACUAUCAAAUAAAGCUUUAGUUGUGUUGUCCGUUUUAACAGCAGUGAUUUCCAUUACAGAAUCAUGCCUAUUUUUAAUGCAGUGCCAAACGAGGGCCCAAAGCUCACAGGCAUGCAAUAUUGAUUUUCACCCUUAUCCCGUGCGCACGGAGAUUUCUCCAGAUUCUCAGAAUCUUUUGAUGAUAUUAUGUACUGUAGAUGAUGAGAUAUUCAUAGUCUUCGCAAUUUUACAUUGAGGAACAUUAUUCUGAAACUAUUCCACAAAUUGUAGACGCAGUUUUUCGCAGAUUGGUGAACCUCUGCCCGUCUUUACUUCUGAAAGACUCUGCUUCUCUAAGAUACAAUCAUGUUAACCUACAGCUGUGCCUUUUGUUGCCCUGACACAACUUUUUUGAGACGUGUUGCAGCCAUCAAAUUCAAAAUGACUUAAUUUUUUUCUUAAAAUGGUACAUUUCCUCAGUUUAAACAUUCAAUAUGUUUUCCAUGUUCUACUGUGAAUAACAUAUGGGUUUAUGAGAUUUGUAAAUCAUUGCAUUCUGUUUUUAUUUACAUUUAUUUACAAUUUACACAGCGUCCCAACUUUUAUGGAAUUAGGCGAUACAGAUGAGCAGCCGAUAUCAUUAAAAUGUUUUUUCUUUUUGUAAAUUGUAUUUAAUAUAUUUUUUAUAUAUAUUUUAAAGCAUAUUUACAGAACUUCAUCAGUAACUUUGCAAUCAACUAAAAAUAACAUGAGAUUUCUGGUGUUGAUGAGACGGUAGUGAAAUGAAGAAUGGUGGCCAGCUGCCUAUCAGCUCAGCCAUAAAAUAUUAUUUGCUCUUGUACAUCCACUUUGUUUACAUACUGUUAGGUCAGUGUGGAUCUGCCGGCACUGUUUUCACUGUGGCCAUUUGGCGUGAUCCAAACCUACUGAACCUGAUUCACUCUAUGUCUCUGAACGAUACUGAAACAUACUUGUCACAUUUUCUUACCCAGUGCAGACCUGUAAGGGAACUUGUCCAUGAGAUGAAAACCACUAAGCCUUUUAUUCUAAGCAUGGGUCACAGGGAACCUGGAGCCUAUCCCAGGGAACAUCAGGCACAAGGCAGGGUACACCCUGGACAGGGUGUCAAUCCAUCGCAGGGCACACAAUCACACACACUACGGACACUUUGGACAUGCCAAUCAGCCUACCAUGCAUGUCUUUGGACUGGGGGAGGAAACCAGAGCACCCGGAGAAAACCCCCGCAGCACGGGGACUUGAUGGGACUCAAACCCCGGCCCUGGAGGAACAUCCGGGUCUUUGUGAUGGCGUCGGUCGCUGUUCGGAAGCCAUUUUGGAGGCGCUCGAGCUUUUCCCAUGGCGACUCUACAGCACCACUGUGUGUUUGGGGAACUCGGCAGAGAAACAAUGGACAUGUUUCCACUCAGUUUGUAGCACAAGAUACGCUGUUGUUUUGGGGUACAGUCGAUAUGACAUUGUGUAUUUUGGGGAAAUUGCAGUUUAUUUCUUUUGCCGGUUCUUCACACGGAGCGAGUGUUUUCUUCACUAACUCGGUGUUGUUGCAGUGGUCAGAGGCCAUGGACGGCUUGUUCGCAUUCAUGUGUCGCGGUUAAUUAUUAUUAGUAUUAUCAUUAUUGUUGUAAAUGCUUUCCAGAGGAAAAAGUCCUAAAAGACAGAGUCUUUCUCGGGUCUCCGUCCGUCUCACUGCAGGAAUAUGUUUGCUCGCUGGGUGACACUGGCACUUAUUCGGGGAAGUUUGUUAGCAGGUCCCGGACAAGGCGAGGUCGGCACCCGAGAGUGUGCAUAUUAUAAUGAUAACUGGCGAGCUGAGAAGACUAAUCAGAGUGGCUACGAGAGAUGUGAGGGAGAAAAGGACAAGCGGCAGCACUGCUAUGCGUCCUGGAUCAACUCUUCAGGAACCAUACACCUGGUGAAAAAGGGCUGCUGGCUCGAUGACUUCAACUGCUACAACAGACAGGAGUGUGUGGCCACAGAGGAAAGCCCUCAGGUGUUUUUCUGCUGCUGCGAGGGAAAUUACUGCAAUGAAAGAUUCACACACAUGCCCGAAAUCACCGCUCCUGGAGUGAAGAUCCAGCCUCCUCCAGUGGGACCGUCUCUGCUUAGUGUGUUGGCAUACUCUCUCCUUCCUCUGCUUGUGCUUUCUCUGGCUUUGAUACUCGCAUGCUGGACUUACCACCAGCGCAAAGCUCCGUACGGCCACGUCGACAUUAACCAGGGUUUGGGUCCUGCUCCUCCGUCUCCUCUGGUGGGUCUGAAGCCAUUACAGCUGCUGGAGAUGAAGGCAAGGGGGCGCUUCGGGUGUGUCUGGAAGGCUCAGCUACUAACCGAAUAUGUUGCAGUCAAGAUAUUCCCUGUUCAGGAUAAGCAGUCAUGGCAGAAUGAGAGAGAAAUUUACCUCACUGAGGGACUGAGACACGAGAACCUGCUACGCUACAUCUCUGCUGAAAAACGAGGAACCAACCUGCAAAUGGAGCUCUGGCUCAUCACCGAAUUCCACGAAAGGGGAUCUUUAGCAGACUACCUAAAGGGGAAUGUGGUGAACUGGCCUGAUUUGUGCCACAUUGCAGAGAGCAUGGCCAGAGGCCUUGCCUACCUACAUGAGGAUCUGUCCUACAGACCGGAGGGGCCUAAACCAGCAAUCGCACACAGGGACUUUAAGAGUAAGAAUGUGAUGCUCAGGACUGAUUUGUCUGCUGUGAUUGGAGACUUUGGUCUGGCUGUGCGCUUCGAACCAGGGAAACCACCAGGAGAUACUCAUGGCCAGGUUGGUACUAGGCGCUACAUGGCCCCAGAGGUGCUGGAGGGUGCCAUAAAUUUUCACAGGGAUGCCUUUUUGAGGAUUGAUAUGUAUGCUUUGGGCCUGGUGCUCUGGGAGCUGUUGUCCCGCUGCACUGCUGCUGCUGAUGGGUCUGUACAUGAGUAUAUGCUCCCAUUUGAGGAGGAGGUUGGUCACCACCCAUCUUUGGAGGAUCUGCAGGAUGUGGUGGUCCAUAAGAAGAUGAGGCCCAUGCUGAAGGACUGCUGGCUUAAACAUCCGGGAAUGGCUCAUAUGUGUGAGACAGUAGAAGAGUGCUGGGACCACGACGCAGAGGCCCGUCUGUCCGCAGGCUGUGUGGAAGAACGCAUCAUCACCAUCACCAGGGCAACCAACACCACCAACAGUUCUACCUCAGACUGCCUUGUCUCCAUGGUUAUGAUCGAUAGCGACUCGGCUCUACCACUCAAAGAGGCGAGCAUUUGAAUGCUGUCCAUCAAUGAAGUAGGAACUAGAGACCGCAAGACUACCAACAUCAAACCUCUCCAGUAAUGUGAACUUUGCUGCUGUUCUGAUAUUUUCUAUGGAGUUAAACAAAAAGAUCUGCUAGCAAAACAUUAAGUAUAAAAAACUGACAUAAUAAGGAUGAAAUCAGACUUUGUUCUCAAAGUGUGUGCGUGCGGACAUUAGAUGUGCUCACUAAAGGAAUUCUGGCGUUUCACCCAUGAAUUUCAGGAGCAAUAUGUUUUUGUCUUGUUUUUUUUUUGUUUUUUGUUUUUUUUAAAAAAGAAAGUUUGUCUUUAGUUGUUGAUCAUUUUGCUUGUGGAUCUUUAAUAUCUUUCAGACAGAUUUACCUCCAUAAAUUUUAUUUGGAUUUUACUAAACCUCACAUCCCCUCCCUCCUUGCAUUCAGAAAGUAUAAAAACACAACACAGCGGCUGAAGCCUCGUACGGCAAUCAGAUGACCAUUUCACAGUGCACUCGUUACCUCAUGUUUUUGCUGACUUUCAGGAUUCGAAUGUGAAUUGUAAGGGAGUUUACUUUUCCCUAAUAUCUGUAUCCACUCCGUAAAUACCUCCAUUCAAGGACUUGGCUCGUGAAGUCUACAUUCCUCACUUGUCUUUACGCUGUUGAUCAGUGACUCGACAAAGUGGAGCGAGAAGCUAAAGACUGUUACACAAAACCGACCUCCAUUUGAUCGAGCACGUCUCCUACAACUCAGUGGUCUUUAAAAAAAAAAAAAACUGCUUUUGUGGUUGCUAGAAUCUUUAGUUUCUUUGUGAAAGUGUUUGAUGUGUUUUAUGAAGAAUGAUAUGCUUGUUAGGAAUUUGAGAGCGCAGUUGUCUGGAACACUGGAAUCAAAAUGCAGCAGGACUGUUUUGGUUAUUUUCAGUAUUGCUAUAUUAUAGCAUAGCCUCUGAUUAUCUGUUCUUCGACAGUUUUAUCAGGCAGAUUACGUGUGUGGUGGUCUGGGAAAACGCUUUGGAUGACACUGCAACAAAUUCUGUAAAACAUACAAAAACAAUAAGCAAAUAGCCAGUAAUAUACAUCUCUACAUUAAGAAAACAUAGAUUUUACUACAACAAUGUGAAAGUUUUUUUUAUUUUUAUUUAGGCUACUUUGUAAUUUGGCCUAGUCUGCCUGCAAAAAUCCUGCUGAAGUCCUGCUAACUGAGUGGAAUUUUCUCACACUGAAUAUCAGGCUUUCUUACGAUCAUUACGUGACGUGGUGAAAUACUCAUUUGUACUCUGACAACGGCUGUCAUCAUCAAAACUGAGGAGUGCUUACACACUACAGACGGCAGCGAAAAAGAGUUUGAACGUUUGAGUGACUUCAUAAAAACAUCAUCCAUCCAUCCAUCCAUCUAUCUAUCUUCAACCGCUUACUCCUUUUCAGGGUCACGGGGAACCUGGAGCCUAUCCCAGGGAGCAUCGGGCACAAGGCGGGGUACACCCUGGACAGGGUGCCAAUCCAUCGCAGGGCACACAAUGACACACACGUUCACACACCCAUUCAUACACUACGGACACUUUAGACACGCCAAUCAGUCUACCAUUUUCGUUGCCAGAACUGACUGACUGAUUCAGAAAUGAUUCCCCAUCCAUGCUAGCAUGAACAGAGUUCAGUCAUGUGAAGAGAUUAUAAUGAGGCCUGUGAGUGACUCUUACCUCAGGUGAUGAUACAGAUCGAUGUGGAUGACGCUGAUAAUCAAAGUCAUUACUGUGAUUUAUAACCUUUAAUGUUUAUAAAUGUAGAGGUAGACACGGUGUCUGUCUUUCAGUAGAAUUGGUAUUGAAUCUUUAACUGCCUUUGAUCACUCGGUAUUUUCAAAUGCUACUUCUUUUAACUUCUGUUUGAGAUAUAUGUGCUGACAAAUUUUAGUUCAGGAAAGCCUUUAGAUUUCAGAAUUUAUAUGUAUAUAUAUUACACACACACUCUGUCACAAGUGUCACAUAUAAUGUCACAAUCUGACCUUUCCCAGGCCACCACACACACAUUUGUAUGACUAGUCUUUGAUUAUUGAGCUCUAGUGUACAUGCGUCUACAGAAUGAGCAUUGUGUGACAUGGAAAUGCCUUUAUGCUCUUCAUACUUUAGUAUUACGCCUACAUAUUUAGGACCGGGACUCUGAAAGUGUGUAGGUUAACAUGUGAUGUGUGCUUUAUUGACAGGUGCUGCCUAUGUAAUGAGCAAUAGCACUGAUGCUUCAGGAUUAAUAAGGUUGGAUUUGUUUGUGUUGUAUACACUACUCAGGGAUGUGUGUGUGUGUGUGUGAGGUGGUAACUGUAAGGAGUCUGUGUGUUUGUACGUGUGUAUGUAGUUUUUAAUCGCACAGCUUUUAGCAAUAGCAGUAGGACCCUCUCAGUGGAGUAGAUGUGGUGCUUGUGUUCAUUUUUAUUGCCCCUUCAAAAACCAGGCUUAAUGAAUCGCAUCUUUGUGUGUGUGUUUGCUGAGGAUUUGUGAAGUUUAGUAGUAGUAUAACAAUUCUGACCUCAUUUAGGUGUGUUGUAUUGUUUUUGUGGUAGAAAUGUAUGGCUACUUUUCUAUGAUUGAGAUGUAUAGCAAGUGCUGUGAUGUGUUUGUGUGCUCACAAUAUAGCUAAUGUAAAGACAACAGGUCGGUGGUUUUUGUGCACAGAGAUGGCAUUUUCUCAUUUAUUGCUGUCUUUUUUAUUAUUAUUAUUAUUUUAUUUAUUUUUUUAACUUAUGUAAAAGGUGGGACCUACCUCAUUUGAACCACUCUGGAAUAAUGGUUAUGUUUCCAAACAUUUUCCCCCUUCACCGAUGUUGAAAUUGUAUUUGUGUUACUGUUCUACUCUGUAUACAGCAGCAGCAGCAUCUCUAACCUCUACCUGAGCCAAUUCAAUCAGCAUGACUGACACUCGUAAAUGUAUACUGACAUCAGGGAUUUAAAAGUAAACCUAUGAAGUAUUACAGCUGUCUACAUGUUAGGUUGUGCCACAUUUCUUUUAAAUGGAUUAAAUCAGCAGUGCUACUAGAGUCUUCAUACAGGGAAGGGUUUUUUUUCUUUGUUUGUGUGUGGGUUUUUUUUUUUUUUUAAAUGAAUGCUACAAAUCAUUAAUGUAGUCUUAACACAAGAAAUUUGGCAUGCACACCUCUGCCAGUUUGUUCAUUUGGAAGCUGUACGUGCUCUGAUUUCUGUAAAUCUAAUACUGCUUUUGACUUGCUCCUCUUACUCCUUAGGUAUUUGGUAGGUAUUUGGAGUCGAGGGCGUGUUGUCUUUUGGUUUUUCGUAGUCGGAGGCUCUAAAUUACGAGCGUUAAUCGAAGGCUGCGCAGCCCUCGCCAUAUGUCUACAACUAGGUUUAGUACAUGCAGAAAAUUUUUUUUAAUGAUUACAAAUCAGGAAAAUGAUCUUGACACACAGAAUUUGGCCUGCACACCUUGGAGUUCUCCACCAUCUCAACAUUACAUAAAUUGUUUUUUUGCAUCUUUUAAAUCAUAAAAGUUAUCAAUACACAAUGGUUUGUGAGUCAUUAUCUGCUGGAAUCUUAAGUUUGGCAGUUGCUUCUCUUUUCCCUGUGAUCUUAACCCUAGUCCUAUGCAUCCAGGAUUCAUAAAUGCAACUUCUUUUUCUUUUUUUUUUCUUUUUUUUAAACGGCAAAAUAAAAUAAAUCAUAUGUUUGUCAACACACAAAGACUCUGGCAUGCAAAUCUCUACAUGUGGUAUUAUUCCAGAUCUAAAGUUUGGAAGCUGUAUGCACUCUUUUUCGUGACCCUAAACCUAGAGGGUUGAUACAAAAAAAUCGGAAAUCAUAAAGGGAGGACCCAAAAAAAAAAAAACCCACCUGUGUGGCAUGGUUUUCCGAAAUUGUAAGUCUGGAAAGUGCGUAACUCUAAUGCUAGUCCUGUACCUAUCAGUUCAAUACGUGCAAAAUUUAAAGAAAAAGUUAUGUUAUCAACACAGAAUUUAGGCAGCAGAUGUGUGUGUGCGGUCAUUUCCUACACCCCAAUCUAGAAAGAACAUGAUCUUCUAGACCACCAGCAUGUAUUUAGAACAGUGCUGAGUAACGAAUAACAGUUGUUAAAGCGUAUGCAUAUACAGGAUGUACACAGCCCUGUGUGUGCAUGUCCAUGGUGCUCAUAAAAUUAGGAUCAUCAGUUGUCCUGUGUUUCACAAACAGACUGGAUGAUGAUACCAAAUGUUAAAAGGUUCUUAGUAAAUAUAAUCGUUUUUUACUUCUUUAUUUGUGCUUGUAUGAUUCUCUUGUCUCACUGUUUGUCAGGUAAUUUCAAUUUAUUGCCACAUCCAGAAUUUUACUUCAUUAAAGAUCACUAAGUUCA